ACAAGCGGAACUUGAAGAGUACUGUCCAGCAAAAAACUCAGACAUGGAAAUUCAUCACCAUCAGCAUCCUCUUCUCUUGUACCUCCUUGCUCUGGCCUGUUCUUUGGCUUGCACUGAGAGUCUUAACCGGACAGAUUUUCCGGCUGGUUUCAUGUUUGGAGUGGCGUCGAGUGCUUACCAGUCCGAAGGUGCUGCAAACCAAGAUGGAAAAGGGUCCAGCAUAUGGGAUACUUUCACUAGGACACAUCCAGAAAAAAUUUCGGACCAUACUGACGGGGAUAUAGCUGAUAAUUUUUAUUAUCUUUUCGAGGAUGACAUAUCUCUGGUUAAAGAAAUUGGUUUCGAUUCGUUUAGGUUCUCCAUCUCAUGGCCCCGAUUACUGCCAGCGGGAAAAAUUAGCGGGGGAGUGAACCGAGAAGGUGUUGCAUUCUACAAUGACCUCAUAAAUGAGCUCGUACAUAAAGGUUUAGAACCUUUGGUAACGCUAUUCCAUUGGGAUCUUCCACAAGCCCUUGAAGACGAGUAUCGUGGAUUCUUGAGCCCAAACAUCGUGGAUGAUUAUCGAGACUACGUGGACUUGUGCUUCAAAGAAUUUGGUGAUAGAGUGAAGCAUUGGAUCACAUUCAAUGAGCCAAAUUAUUUUGCCAGUGGAGGGUACGCAACAGGCACCAAGGCACCUGGUCGAUGUUCUAACUAUAUUGGAAAUUGCACGUUUGGGAACUCAGGGACAGAACCCUAUAUAGUGGGCCAUAACAUCCUUCUUUCUCAUGCAACUGCUGUUAAACUGUACAGGGAAAAGUAUCAGGCUUCACAAAAGGGAAACAUUUCAAUUAUAGUAGCUUCUUACUGGAUGGUGCCCAAAUUCCAAACAGUUGCUAGCCGCAAGGCUGCCUUGAGAGCUCUUGAUUUUAUGUUUGGAUGGUAUGUUCAUCCAGUUACCUUCGGUGACUACCCUGAGACAAUGCGAGCUUUGGUAGGGAAUCGACUGCCCACAUUUACUACAUCGCAAUCGAAUAUGUUAAAGGGGUCUUAUGAUUUCCUUGGAGUAAAUUACUACACUGCAAGAUAUGCAGAAGACUCUACAUCUUUUAGCAGCGUCAAUCAAAGUUACACAACUGAUAGCCAUGUAUAUCUGACCACGGAGAAAGAUGGCAUUCCUAUUGGUGAACCUACGGCUUCUAGCUGGCUUUAUGUUUAUCCAAUAGGAAUUCGAGAACUUGUGCUAUAUGUAAGGAGAAGUUUCAACAAUCCACCCAUUUACAUUACAGAAAACGGAGUCAAUGAUAAAGGCUCGUUGCCGAUUCAAGAUGCUCUCAAUGAUAGCUUGAGGUUAAACUACCACCGCAGCCAUCUGUCGAAUCUCUCAGAGGCUAUCAAGGUAGGAGCUAACGUGAGGGCAUACUACGUGUGGUCAUUUCUUGAUGACUUUGAGUGGGAAUUUGGUUAUACUCUUCGGUUUGGCAUCACUUACGUAGAUUACAAAAAUGAGUUGAGAAGAUACGUCAAACAAUCUGCUUUAUGGUUCAAAAGUUUCCUCCAAAAGGAAAAUGUCAUCAGAAACCCACCUUUGUUAUAUCCUGAGUAACAAUCAGCUUUGUAGAGACAGCUGGUUUGUUGUGCAGAACCUUUUGAAGAAUUUCAGAUUGAAAAAUAAAGUGACUUCUAAUUU